AUGCAAACUAUUGAAAGAUAAAAAAUAGAUGAUAUGCUUAAUAAUAAUAUGGUUGACGAAGCUUUAAAUUAUAUUAAUGAUUCUUUAAAUUUGUGCCCUAAUUCUGCUUCUGCUUAAACAUUAACAUUAAGAGGUAAUUAUCUCUGAAAUUCUAAUAGGAAAAAUCUUAUUAAUCAAAAAGUUAUAUGAUGAAGCAAUCAUCAAUUUGAACUAAGCAAUUCAAUUAAACCCAUUUUUAGAAGAAUCAUUUUAUCUUAGAUGUAAAUUUGUUUUAUAAUUUCAAGCAAAAUGGUUUAUAAAAAAAAAGAUGUGGAAGGAUGCUCAUGAAGAUUGUGAACGUGCUCUUAAAUUAAAUCCAAAUUAUGCUUUGGCAUAUGCAGGAUUGGGUAUAAUGAUAAAUAAUAAUUAGGUAUAUUGAUGGUAAAAUAAAGUAAAAAUUAUGAUGGACUUAUCUUUUUUAAAUAAGCUAUAGAUUUAGAUGAUAAUUGUUGCUUAGCUUAUUAUAAUUUAGGUUUUAAGGUUUGUUGAUUAUUUAGGGAAUCUAUAUUUUCAAAUUGAUAAUUAUGAUCCGGCAUUAAGAAAUUUAAAUAAGGCUAUUUAAAUUGAUAAAAAAUUUGCUAAUGCUUAUGAAAAAAGAGGUUUCAACUUAUAAUAUAUAUUAGGAAUGUUAUUUUGGAAAACAGGCUAUAAAGAUAAGGCACUAAAGGACUUUGACAAAUUAAUAGAAUUAAAACCAACAUCUUAUAAUGCUUAUGCUUGUAGAGGUAAACUAAUUAUUAAAUUACUUAGCAAUUUUAAACGAGAUUAUUGGAGAAGAUGAAAAGGCACUCAUUGAUUUUAAUAAAGUGAUUGAAUUAAAAUCUGAUUCUAUGAUGCUUUAUCAUCAAAGAGGUAAAUUAUUAAUAAAAGAACAUAGGACUUUUAUAAAUGAAGAGUUUGAAAAUAGAUGAAAAAGAAAUUACUUAAAUAUUAAACAAUAAAGCUUUUGAUUAGAAUUGUGAUGCAUGGGAAUAGUCUAAAUUAAGAGGUAAACUAAAAAAAUAUUAUAAAGAAAUUAUAUUAGGAUAGCAAUAAAUUAUAAUGCAAGCUAUUGAAGAUUUUAAUAAAGCUCUUGAAUUGAAUCCUGAAUUUCUUCAAGCUAAAUUUUGUAGAAGUAAUUGAUAUUUAAUACAUAGAUUUAUUAAAAGGAAUGAUUAAAGGUGAUAGAAUAACUUUGAGUGGAUUUAUUCAAUUCCUUUAAAUUAAACCUAGUUUAUUUGAUAGUAUUAUUAAUAUUUAAUAAUAUUCUAGAAGUCGUAGAUUAGGAUCCUAAUUAAUCUGAAGAAGAUGAGAUUAGUAGUAAGUAUUUUAACAUAAUUAAAUAGUGUUAAGAUAUUAUUUUUGUGGAAUUAAAAAUUUGAAAUUAAAAGAUUCUGAAAAACCAAUUGAUAUUGAUUACAAAACUAUACUUUAAUAUUUUAGUUAAUGUAAUAAGAAGAAUUAUAUUAUAAGUACCUAUAUAAUAGAAGAUAAUUAAGGAAGAAAAAAUGAUAAAAGAAUUAAUCAAUAAGAUUGAAUUAAAUUCAAAUUCAGCUGAAUUGUAUAUAAAUAUAGGUAAUAUAUCACUAAUAAUAAGGAAAAUUAUAUAUGAAAUAAAAAAAUUAUGAAUUGGCACUUGAAAAUUUAAACAAAGGUAUUGAAUUGGAUCCAAAAUCUUUUUUAGCUUAUUUUAAGAGAGGUAUGAAAUAAUAGAAAACAUAUUAGCAAAACUGUUUAUUAAUUUGUAAUAUUAUUAUAAAUCUCUUGAAGAUUAUUAAGAAGCUCUUAAAAUAUUAGAGUUUGAUCAAGAAAAUCUUGAAAAAUAAGUGAAUAUGAAUUAAUAGGAUUAUUAAUCUAAAUCUUUAUAUAUAAUUAAAUUANUAGGUUUUAAGGUUUUUUUAUUAUUUAGGGAAUCUAUAUUUUCAAAUUGAUAAUUAUGACCCGGCAUUAAGAAAUUUAAAUAAGGCUAUUUAAAUUGAUGAAAAAUUUGCUAAUGCUUAUGAAAAAAGAGGUUUCAAUUUAUGAUAUAUAUUAGGAAUGUUAUUUUGGAAAACAGGCUAUAAAGAUAAGGCACUAAAGGACUUUGAAAAAUUAAUAGAAUUAAAACCAACAUCUUAUAAUGCUUAUGCUUGUAGAGGUAAACUAAUUAUUAAAUUACUUAGCAAUUUUAAACGAGAUUAUUGGAGAAGAUGAAAAGGCACUCAUUGAUUUUAAUAAAGUGAUUGAAUUGAAAUCUGAUUCUAUGAUGCUUUAUCAUUAAAGAGGUAAAUUAUUAAUGAAACAACAUAGGACUUUUAUAAAUGAAGAGUUUGAAAAUAGAUGAAGAAGAAAUUACUUAAAUAUUAAACAAUAAAGCUUUUGAUUAGAAUUGUGAUGCAUGGGAAUAGUCUAAAUUAAGAGGUAAACUAAAAAAAUAUUACAAAGAAAUUAUACUCGGAUAGCAAUAAAUUAUAAUGCAAGCUAUUGAAGAUUUUAAUAAAGCUCUUGAAUUGAAUCCUGAAUUUCUUCAAGCUAAAUUUUGUAGAAGUAAUUGAUAUUUAAUACAUAGAUUUAUUAAAAGGAAUGAUUAAAGGUGAUAGAAUAACUUUGAGUGGAUUUAUUCAAUUCCUUUAAAUUAAACCUAGUUUAUUUGAUAGUAUUAUUAAUAUUUAAUAAUAUUCUAGAAGUCGUAGAUUAGGAUCCUAAUUAAUCUGAAGAAGAUGAGAUUAGUAGUAAGUAUUUUAACAUAAUUAAAUAGUGUUAAGAUAUUAUUUUUGUGGAAUUAAAAAUUUGAAAUUAAAAGAUUCUGAAAAACCAAUUGAUAUUGAUUACAAAACUAUACUUUAAUAUUUUAGUUAAUGUAAUAAGAAGAAUUAUAUUAUAAGUACCUAUAUAAUAGAAGAUAAUUAAGGAAGAAAAAAUGAUAAAAGAAUUAAUCAAUAAGAUUGAAUUAAAUUCAAAUUCAGCUGAAUUGUAUAUAAAUAUAGGUAAUAUAUCACUAAUAAUAAGGAAAAUUAUAUAUGAAAUAAAAAAAUUAUGAAUUGGCACUUGAAAAUUUAAACAAAGGUAUUGAAUUGGAUCCAAAAUCUUUUUUAGCUUAUUUUAAGAGAGGUAUGAAAUAAUAGAAAACAUAUUAGCAAAAUUGUUUAUUAAUUUGUAAUAUUAUUAUAAAUCUCUUGAAGAUUAUUAAGAAGCUCUUAAAAUAUUAGAGUUUGAUCAAGAAAAUCUUGAAAAAUAAGUGAAUAUGAAUUAAUAGGAUUAUUAAUCUAAAUCUUUAUAUAUAAUUAAAUUAUUGAAAGAUAUAUAGCAUGGGAUUACUUAAAUCAAAUUAUAAUUUAGAAAAGCAGAGAAAUUAAAUUAAUAAUAAACUUAGACUUCUUACGAUUUGUUGUCACUCUUAGAGUAAUAAGUUAAAUAAUAAUUGAGAGGAUAAUCAUAAUUUAAUAAUAAUUAAGAAUAUCAUUUAAAUUAAAACAUUUAUUUAAAAUAAAUUAAUGUAUAAAAUGGAUAAAUUAACAGUGAUUUAAAUAAUGUUCGAAAUUCAAAUUCUAAUGUAUAUGCACAUACAAGAAUUCAUGAUCAAGAAACUAAUAAUGAAAUUUUAUAAUUAGAAAUGUAAAAGGAAACUUCAACUAUUGAUUAUCAAGACUUAUUAAAAUAAUAAUAAAAUUUAUAUCAAAAUUAUAGAAUUUCAUUAGAUAGAUCAAUUUUUUAUUUAUUAAAAAAUUUUCCAGAUUUAUUUACAUUUAACGAAUAAGAAUCUGAUUUUGAAGACAAUUAAAGAAGUUAAAUAGUUUUAGAAAAUGGAUUAUUAUUGGGUUUAGGAAGCUCAGGAUAAGUUUAUUAUACAGUUAAUCCAAAAACUAAUAAACCUGCUGCAUUAAAAGUAUAAUCAAAUUGUACUUUUGAUGAUAUAAUUUACAAAACUAUUGAAUGUAGAUUACAAUAUUCAAUUUCAUUGAAAUAUCCAGAAUCUAUUAUAGGAAUAUAAGGUAAAAUUAUAAUUAGAUAAAAUUCUUUCAAUAAUUAUAAUAUGUAUGCCUAUUUAGAUCUAGGUCUUGGUAGUUUAAGAUAAUUUAGAAAUAAAAUGGUUAGAUUUACAGAAUCAUAACUUGAUAAUAUAUAUAAUUCCAUAUUAGAUAGUAUAAUUAAACUACAUACUCUUAAGAUAUCUCAUGGAGAUAUUAAAUUGGAAAACAUCAUUAAUACAACAGAUAAUGGAUGGGUUUUGGGUGAUUUUGGCAGUGCAUAAGCUUAUUUAACUCCUUAUGGAAAUUAUCCAAUUGUUGGAACUAUGGCUUAUUUACCUAAAUAAAUCAGAAAAGCCAGAAAUAAUAAUCAUUAAUACUUUAAAAUGAAUUUAUUCAAAAAAGACAUUUAUGCAUUUCAAUUAGUAAUGCUAUAACUUAUUUUUUAUGAAGAGAAGUUUUCUAAGCUGCAAUAAAUAUUAGAUGAAUAAAAAUAUAUUCAUCCAAAAAUUGAUCAAUUAUAUAAUAAAGAUUUUAUUUCUAUUAAAGCUGAAUUUAUGAAAUUGAAAUUCGAAAGAAAAUAAUCAAUUAAAGAAUUAAUACCCAUCCAUGUUCAAGUUUAUUAAAAUUUUAAUUUAAAUUACUAAUAUGAAGUUGAAUUAAAUUAAUACAUCUAUUUGAGUAAUUUUGCAAAAGAAAAAAAAUUAAAUAAAUUUUUGUAUAUUUUACUAAAAAUAUAAAAUAUUGAAAAUCUUGAAAAUAGAGUGAAGCAAAUGAGAAUAGCCAAAAAAUUUUAUAGAAAGUAUACUCCUUUGAUAUCAGCUUAAGAGAUUUUUGAUGAGAUUGUAUUUGAGUAAUUAACAGAAUUAGAAUAUGAUUUAUACUUUGAUAUUUUUGAAAUAAAAGGAGCUAAAAUGUUACAAUUAAUGAUUUGUUAAGGUUAUUAAUAAAUAUAAAAAAAAGAAAAUUACAGCCUAAAAUUAUAAGAGGCUGAGAUUCUUUAUGUAAUGGGUGAUUGGGAUGAUGCAAGAAUUAUCAUAAAUGGCAUUGAAAAUGAAUUAGAAUUAGAUAAUGAUGAAUAAAUUUUAAAGUUUUGUUUUUUAAAUGCAAGAUUAAAUAAUCAAUGGAUAGAAGCAUUUGAGGAUAUCAUUACAUAUAUUAGUAAUUAUAAAGAGCCCUUUUAAAUGGUAAUUGAAUGGCAAUUUAUCAUAUUGGAUUCGCUUUGGAUUGAUAAGUCAUUAAAAUAAAUAAAUAUAAUGUAUUUAAAAUAUUAAGUUUGGUAACCAGAAAAAUUUAAAAGAAAAUUAAAUUUANACUUUUGAUGAUAUAAUUUACAAAACUAUUGAAUGUAGAUUACAAUAUUCAAUUUCAUUGAAAUAUCCAGAAUCUAUUAUAGGAAUAUAAGGUAAAAUUAUAAUUAGAUAAAAUUCUUUCAAUAAUUAUAAUAUGUAUGCCUAUUUAGAUCUAGGUCUUGGUAGUUUAAGAUAAUUUAGAAAUAAAAUGGUUAGAUUUACAGAAUCAUAACUUGAUAAUAUAUAUAAUUCCAUAUUAGAUAGUAUAAUUAAACUACAUACUCUUAAGAUAUCUCAUGGAGAUAUUAAAUUGGAAAACAUCAUUAAUACAACAGAAAAUGGAUGGGUUUUGGGUGAUUUUGGCAGUGCACAAGCUUAUUUAACUCCUUAUGGAAAUUAUCCAAUUGUUGGAACUAUGGCUUAUUUACCUAAAUAAAUCAGAAAAGCCAGAAAUAAUAAUCAUUAAUACUUUAAAAUGAAUUUAUUCAAAAAAGACAUUUAUGCAUUUCAAUUAGUAAUGCUAUAACUUAUUUUUAAUGAGGAGAAUUUUUAUAAACUUCAAUAAAUACUAGAUGAAUAAAAAUAUAUUCAUCCAAAAAUUGAUCAAUUAUAUAAUAAAGAUUUUAUUUCUAUUAAAGCUGAAUUUAUGAAAUUGAAAUUCGAAAGAAAAUAAUUAAUUAAAUAAUUAAUACCCAUCCAUGUUCAAAUCUAUUAAAAUUUUAAUUUAAAUUAUUAAUAUGAAGUUGAAUUAAAUUAAUACAUCUAUUUGAGUAAUUUUGCAAAAGAGAAAAAACUAAAUAAUUUUUUGUAUAUAUUACUAAAAUUAUAAAAUAUUGAAAAUCUUGAAAAUAGAGUGAAGCAAAUGAGAAUAGCCAAAAAAUUUUAUAGAAAGUAUACUCCUUUGAUAUCAGCUUAAGAGAUUUUUGAUGAGAUUGUAUUUGAGUAAUUAACAAAAUUAGAAUAUGAUAUAUACUUUGAUAUUUUUGAAAUAAAAGGAGCUAAAAUGUUACAAUUAAUGAUUUGUUAAGGUUAUUAAUAAGUAUAAAAAACAGAAAAUUACAGCUUAAAAUUAUAAGAAGCUGAGAUUCUUUAUGUAAUGGGUAAUUGGGAUGAUGCAAGAAUUAUCAUAAAUGGCAUUGAAAAUGAAUUAGAAUUAGAUAAUGAUGAAUAAAUCUUAAAGUUAUGUUAUUUAAAAGCAAGAUUAAAUAAUCAAUGGAUAGAAGUAUUUGACGAUAUCAUCAAGUAUAUUAGAAAUUAUAAAGAGCCCUUUUAAAUGGUAAUUGAAUGGCAAUUUAUCAUUUUGGAUUCGCUUUGGAUUAAUAAGUCCUUAAAGUAAAUAAAUAUAAUGUAUUUAAAAUAUUAAGUUUGGGAACCAGAAAAAUUUAAAAGAAAAUUAAAUUUAACAAAUUAUCUUCCUUAAUUAUUGCUUGACUUUAAUAGUUUUGAAAUAUUUAAAUAAUAAGAGGUUACAUUUCAUUCAUUCAUGGAAUAAAUGAGAUAGUUGAAUUAUGAUAAUUACUCUAUUUUUUUUCAAUUCUGGGCAUAUUGCGAAUUAUGUGAUUAUAAUACUGAAAACUAUUAUGAUCUAAUCACAUUAUUUAUAAAUUUUAUAGAGGAUAAUUUAGAAGAAUAUUAUUUUAUUUGGAUUGCAUAUGAUUAGUUUGCUUAAUAUCUUACUUAUAUAAAAGAUUAUAAAUUGGCACAUUAAUAUUUUGAGAAAGCAUUAAAAAUAGUUUAAAAUGAUUGUCCUUUAAAUUAAUAUAAUGUUUAUUACCAUUUGUGGAGAUUAGAAUUUAAAGAAAAAUAAUAAUGUAAUUGGGAUAUAUUUGGUAUCAUAUUGAAGAUUUUAAUUAAAAUGCCAACAACAAACUUAAAUGAUUAUCUUGAAAAAAUUUUAUUUGAUGAAUUAAAUUCCUAUGUUAAAUUAUUUAAUUUUAAACUUGAUACACAACCUUUUGUAUAGGAAACAUUAUCAGAAGAAGAUAUCAGAACACUUAGUUUAAACUCAGAAUUAACGAGAAGAUUUUUUAAAAAAAAUAUUAGUUUUUAAGAAUGUAUAUCUAUUAUUGAAGAAUUAUUUCCAUAAGUUUAUAUAAGAUCAGGAAAUAAACAUAACUUUGAUGAUUUUUUAAUUUUUUCAUUUGCAAAUUUGACUAAAAUGAAAACUGAAAGUGAAUUUUCACAAAAACAGUUUUAAUAUCUUGUAAGAUUAUUGUAGUCAUUUACAAUAUUAUCAUCAAUUAAUCCAAAUAGCUAAAUUUUCUAAAAAUUAAUUAAUGAACAUAUUGAAUUUAAGUCUUACAUUUAAAAGUGUUUAUUCUAUUUUGAUAUAGAAAGGUCAAAAGAAGCAUUUAACAUGUACAAUUCUUAUUUGUAUCAUCAAAUAUAUUAUUGA